AUGUUCGAAGAGACCUCCACCUACCUGGUAACAAAUAACAUGGUGCGCUGCUACCACACAUGCACGCUUCCAAGUCGAAGAAUCGGUGUGAAUUGGGAGAGACGAUCCCCGAAGCAGCGCGAGCCCAUUCGGACGAGUGGCACUGCUCCGCCUCCCCCGCCUCCCCCGCUCGCCCUGGAAACGAUUCCAACUGCAGAUAGACGCGCGCCGCCCCGCGCCACGCCGCGCCGCGCCGCGCCGCGCCGGCCAUCCUUCACCCGCCGCCCCGGGACUCCUCCGCGCUUAGAGGUCACGAACGCCCUCUCAGUUAGGUGUCGUGCUGAAGCGACCAGUAGUGAGUAUACCAAUCGAUAUAGAUAUAUUAAGAUUUAG